AUGAUAAAUAGUACGGCAUUGUUGGAUGAUUUGUCCGACCCAGCCAUUCAAACUUAUCAUGAAGAGGUGCUCAACACAUUCACACACUCCAUCGGCUUCUUCCUGAGCACGCCAGCAGUGCUCUUCCUUAUAUCAGUUGCCAAGAUGCGUGGUACCAAAUGGCAUCUGAUAUCCUGUAUAAUAUAUGGCAUCUCUCUACUUAGCAUGUUCUUUUGCUCAUCAUUAUAUCACUCUGUUGGAGUAUUCCGCAUGGAGGAACAUAGAGCAUUCUUGAAGAAUGUUGAUCAUAGUGCUAUAUACUUGCUGAUUGCUGGCACCUACACGCCACUCACUAUGAUCAAUCUGAUACACAACAACUGGAACACCAAUAGCUCCACACCAAAGGUCGUCAAGAUGGGCUGGCUGAUGCUUAUUGCCAGCUGGACGAUGUGUGUCGUUGGCGUGCUCUGCAAGAUGAUCGUGGGCGCCAACGAGAUCCCCGACUACUUCUCCAACGGCACCUACCUGUUCAUGGGCUGGCUGUCUGUUCUGGGCCUCCGCGACAUGAUCACACACCUGCCCCGCAAGGGCAUGAAGCUGCUGGUGGCCGGUGGCCUCGCCUACACCUCGGGCAUCUGCUUCAUGAUGUGGGAGACCACGCCCUUCAACCACGCCAUCUGGCACGUGUUUGUUGGCGCCGGCUCUCUUCUGCACUACUUCUGCAUACUCGAAUGCAUCAUCCCCGCCAAGAAAGGUUCGGCCACGCACGCAAUCCUAGACAAUAUUGAACACGCUGACAAGCAAGACAAGAUGGCCUUUUUCGGCAGCCAAGGCUAUCGCCAACGUUUCAUCGUCAGAUACAUGCGCGUUCUCUACCGCGCCGUUGUCGGUUGGGCAUCCAGAUCCAACAUGCAUCUCAAGGCCAUGUAA